CGCCUAUAUAAACAUAUCAACAGCAUCUAAUUGGACACAGCGUAACCUGUACCGGCGAUGGGAGGAGCGGGACGGAUAAACUUGACGGCAAUUUUGGUGGUGUUCCUCGCUGCCAUAGCAACAGCUGCCGCCUUGUGGGGAGGAUUUGGCGGUUGGGGAGGCUAUGGAGGUUAUGGCGGCCGCAAGAGAUGGGGCUAUCGGAGUUAUGGAUACCCGAGGUACUAUGGUGGAUAUGGUGGAUACGGUGGAUAUGGUGGAUAUGGAGGAUACCAUCGUCCAUAUUACGGAGGAAUUUCUAAAUGGAAAUACUGGGGAUAAAAGGGAUAACAACAGUUAUUCAAAAAUUGGUCUUUACCUAGAAGUAAUUUUUCUAUUGUAUUCUUUUUAAUUUUGAUUUUGAUUUUUUUUUACAGCUGAAAUGUGUUCAUUAAAUAAACAUUUGCAUUAUUAAAUCCACUAAAAUCCCUAAUGUAUUUAAUCAGGUUUCAUAAAAUAAUAUAAUUUUUAAAAAAUAAAUAAAACAUUAAAAUAUCUAUUAUA